GUAUUUCUGCAGAUCUUGUUUUCUCUCAGCUCUCUUUGUGUUAUGAGGUAGUUUAUUGCAGGUAUUUUAUGAGUUUAUUGUUUCAGUUUCUCUUUUGAUUGCGCGCUGCGCUCGAGCACAUUUAAUCUCAGUCAAUCUCAUUAAAGCCUCCUGCUCUCUCUCUCUCUCUCUCUCUCGCUCUCUCUCUCUCUCUCUCAGAGUCUCAUUCCGUCUCUCUCUGAGUGUGUUCGUUCGGGAAGGCUCGGAAUAACUGGAUUAUUAUCAGGAUUCGUUUAUGAAGCGGAUUCCUGCUAGGAAACGCGCGGGAGUCCACGUGACGAACGGCGCGAUUUCUGUGAUUUAAAUUUUAACGGAUUUUCGCUCUGAUUCUAAAUUCGUCAUGAGCGCGUCUGAAAACCCGAGCGAGUCCAAACUCGAGGCGGUGAUUCAGAGGCUGGAGGAGAGCGUUCUGUCCGAGGAGAAGCGGCUGACGGUUCGAGGAUCUUCUCCAGAUGAACCUGCAGCUAGUUUACCGGCCCGUGUGCGAGAGAUCGUCUCCAGGAACCUGAGCGACAGCGCUGGAGGCAUGUCGUCGGGUCUGUCGCUUCAGGAGGAGAACCGGGUUCUGCAGACAGAACUGAGUCGUGUGGAGGAUCUUCUAGCUCACAGCCGAGCAGAACGAGAUGAGCUGGCCAUCAAAUACAGCGCCAUCAGCGAGAGAUUGGAGCAGGCGCUGCGUUUGGAGACGGGCGAGGAGGGACGGGACUCUCCAGAGUCUCGCAGUCUGGCGCAGCAGAACGUAGAUCUGCGCAGACGUCUGGACGAGGAGCAGGCGGCGUAUAAACGCAAACUCACGGCGUAUCAGGAGGGGCAGCAGAGACAAGCGCAGCUCGUGCAGAAACUACAGGCCAAGGUUCUCCAGUACAAGAAGAAGUGUGCAGAUCUCGAACAGACGCUGCUGGAGAAAUCGACUGGUCAGUGUGACGGCAGCAGUAACGGUCACCGGCGGGACGAGGAUGAGCCGAGCAGUGAGCUGGAGAGCGCCCUCAUCCGGCUGGAGGAGGAACAGCAGAGGAGCAGCGGCCUGUCCGCCGUCAACGCCAUGCUGCGGGAGCAGCUGGAACAGGCCGGACUGGCCAAUGAGGCGCUCAGCCAGGACAUCCGCAGACUCACCGCUGAUUGGACCAAAGCCAGGGAGGAGCUGGAGCAGAGGGAGUCUGAUUGGAGGAGAGAGGAGGAGUCUUUCCACAGUUACUUCAGCAGCGAGCACAGCCGUCUGCUGGCGCUCUGGAGGCAGGUGGUGGGCUUCCGCAGACACGUGUGCGAGCUGAAGAGCGCCACCGAGAGGGACCUGUGCGAGGUGCGUAACGAGCUGGCGAGUGUGGCGCAGAGCGUGCAGCUGCAGUGCGUGCGCGUCUGCGCAGAUCUGCGCAGCCGUGAGGACGGUUCAACGCUGCUGCUGGAGAGAGAGACGGCCCAGCGGCUGCAGCUGGAGCAGCAGCUCAGAGAGACGGUGACGGAGAUGAUGACGCUGCAGGCCAAGAGCGACUCGGAGAGAGCCGAGCUCAACAAACGGCUUACGGAUGCCGUGAGAGAGCUGGAGCGUCUCAAAGCUCGUGUGGAGGACAGAGAACAGGAAGUCACAACACUCAACAGGAAACUACAGGAUCAGAGGACACACACACACAUGCCACUGGUGUUCUCAGACAGUGGCGGUGUGGAUGGAAACACUGAAGAGUCUCUGCUGCCGCUGCUGCGCUCUUCUUCAUCAUCAGCCAUCAUCCCUGACAGUUGUCUGUCUGCACUGCGCUCCGCUCUGACCAGCAGACAGAUCCAGCUACAGGAGCUGCGAGAGCGUCUGCAGUCUGCGCAGUCUUCAGUGCAGCAGCUGCGCAGGCAGCAGGGGGAGGCGGAGUCAGGCCGACGGGAGGCGGAGCUCCGUGCGCAGACGCUGCAGGGCGAGAGAGACGAGGCUCAGAGAGAGAGAGAGACCGCUGUGAGAGAGAGAGACCGACUGAGACAGGAGAGAGACACGCUGAGCAGUGAGAAGGACGCAGCAGAUAAGGCUGCACAGGCGGCGCAGACGCAAAUGCAGGUGCUGCAGCUGGAGUGUGAUAGGCUGCAGCUGGCCAUCACGUCUGCGCAGAGAGAGCGCGAACACGAGCGAGAAGAGAGAGACGCCGCCGCGCUGGAGAGAGACCGAGUCCGAUCAGAGACAGACAGACUUCAGCAGCUGUGGGAGGAGUCGGAGCGUCGCGCGUCUUCACUACGUGCUGAACUGGCGGCCAGAUAA